GCUGUAGAAAGUACUUCUAUAAUAAAUCUAAAAAUAAAGCUAUAUAAUGAUGAAAUGAAGCUAAGAUCAAUUUGAUUAAGCAGAGAAAUUAACAAAAAUACAUGAAAACAAUUCCAAUAAUUUAACCUAGGAUAAAAUAUAGAUAUUCAAUUGAAUCAAUCAACAAAAAUUAAGGAAGAAAGGAAAGAGAUAGAAACCAAAUUUCAAAUUCCGCCAUUGAUAGAAGACGCAGAAUAUACCCAAUCGCCAGAAACUUCACUGGUUUGAAGGAAAUUCCUAAAGAGAUACAAUUUCGUCUGCCAUAUCCAUCGGACUUUGAGUGAUUUGCAGAGAUUAUCUUGGCAGUUGUAUAGUAAGUAAGACGGUUAUCAACUCACUUUUCGAAAAUCAAGGUGAUCAACAAUAUGGAAGUAGUUGCUUCAGCUCCUGGGAAAGUCUUGAUGACUGGUGGUUAUCUUGUUCUGGAGAGACCAAAUGCUGGACUUGUUCUGAGUACCAAUGCUCGGUUUUAUGCAUCUGUCAAGCCAAUUUAUGAUGAUGUGAAGCCUGAGGCUUGGUCAUGGACAUGGAUGGAUGUAAAGCUAACAUCUCCCCAGCUUGCAAGGGAAACAGUGUAUAAAAUGUCAAUGAAGAACUUAACUCUGCAAUGUGUUUCAUCAGGUGAUGCUAGAAAUCCUUUUGUCGAACAAGCUUUGCAGUACGUUAUAGCAGCAGCUCUUGCUAAAUUCGACCAGGAUAAGAAGCAUGAUUUGCAGAAACGACUCCUGCUAGGGCUUGACAUUACAAUUAUGGGCGCCAAUGAGUUUUAUUCAUAUCGAGAUCAGUUAGAAGCUCGUGGACUACCUCUUACACCCGAAUCAUUGGCUCUACUCCCUCCUUUCUCUUCUAUUACCUUCAAUGCAGAUAAUAAAAAUGGUGCACAUUGUAAACCUGAAGUGGCUAAAACUGGGUUAGGGUCAUCUGCAGCAAUGACAACAGCAGUAGUUGCUGCUCUCCUUCAUUAUUUGAAUAUUGUUAAUCUGUCAGAGCCAGCCCAAGGCCGUCAUCAAGAAAGUAGUUGUGAUGCUGAUCUUGAUCUCGUGCACAUGAUAGCUCAAACUUCUCAUUGUAUCGCCCAAGGGAAAGUUGGCAGUGGGUUUGAUGUUAGUUGUGCAGUUUAUGGAAGUCAACGAUAUGUCCGCUUUUCUCCAGACAUUUUAUCAUCUGCACAGGUCGCAGGGAUAGGUCCGCUACUCCGGGAAGUCAUUGUUGAUGUCCUGGAAGCAAAGUGGGAUCAUCAGAUGACUAAGUUUGCCUUGCCACCACGAAUGACACUUUUACUGGGUGAGCCUGGAAGUGGUGGAUCAUCCACACCAUCAAUGGUUGGCGCUGUUAAAAAGUGGCAAAAAUCUGAACCUGAAAAGUCGCUUCACACAUUCAAAAAAUUGUCUGAAGCAAAUUCAAUGCUUGAGAAUGAGUUAAAGAAGCUGAGGAAACUAGCGGAAGAAGAUAAUAUGGCGUAUGAUAGCAUUAUUGACAGAUGUUCUUUGCAUAAAUCAGAAAAGUGGAUAGAACAAUCAACUUCCCCUAUCGAGCAAGCAGUUGUUGAAGCACUUUUCGGUGCUAGAAAUGCGAUGCUUGAGAUUAGAUGUCAUAUGCGCCGAAUGGGAGAAGCUGCUGGUAUCCCGAUAGAACCCGAUUCACAAACUCGGCUUUUGGACGCAACAAUGGACAUGGAAGGUGUCAUAUUGGCUGGAAUUCCUGGAGCAGGUGGCUUCGAUGCAGUUUUUGCAUUGACAUUAGGUGAUUCAAGCAGUAAACUCGCUAACGCAUGGAGUUCAUUCAAUGUACUAGCUCUCCCAGUCCGAGAAGACCCUCGUGGUGCGAGUUUGGAGAACGGUGAUCCACGGUUGGAAGGCAUCACGUCAGGCAUUUCUUCAGCAAAUAUCAACUAAAUCAUUGCCAUGGCUUUAGUGGACUCUCAACAUUCGUGUUAAGUGAUAGUUUCCAGCAUUGAGCAUGUGUAUGUAGUUUACCUUAUGUUCAUAAUUUGAUUGUUCUUUAGCUUGUAAUUCUUUGAUGAUCUGAGAGUAUCUUGUAGAAUUGUCAUCUUCAAUUCUAUUGUUUCCCUAAUAAAUCAUGUACUUGUGGAGAUGUUUAUCAACGCAAUAAAAUUAAAAUAUUUUUAGUAAAAA